AUGAUCGGCGCAAGGUGCUACAGGAGGCCAACGCUUUCAAGCGCGCGGGUGAGGCAGUGCCCCAUGGAUGCAAUACUCCAGAAUUGUGGAGGCGCUGCGUUCACAUUUUCUUGGAAGCAGGUGUGCGGAGUGCUGGCCGCCCUGCCGGACCGCCUUGAGGACGUGGAUCCUCUGGCGCACGAGCUCAGUGGAAGAGGCAUCUUGUAUCGCAUUGAUGAUGCCUGGGCGGUGGUGUCCAAGGGGUGCCACGACAUCAUGGAGUUGAUGACGCGCAAGGCUGACCAGAUUAUUGCAGCCGGCGUGGCACGAGAGAUUGGAGACUUUGAUGCCCGGAUUCACCGAGAGUGUCUCGAGCGCAUCGCAGCUCAUCAAGGAUUUAAGGAGGGAUUGGAGCUGACUGUGCCACGACACUCAGCGCGCGUGCGGAUGUGGCCGAAUGACUCGGAGAAGGAGAAGGUUCCUGCUCGAGGCGCGUCGCCUUUCCGCGCCCACUCGGCGCUUUCGACGACCUGCCCUGAGAACUUGUCACUCUUUGGGUGGUUGACCCCACCGGCAGGGAACACGCCUUCGCCCUGGCCCAGCCUUCAGAGGCCUUCGGAGCGUAGGUCUUUAUCUCACGGGCCGCCUCAUGACGCAAUGUGA